GUCGUAGAUUUUCACUGUGCUGGCUGCACAAUACUGGAUCUUUGUUUCAUCCUUGGCUGUUCUUCUGUACUUAAUUGUUUAUUCGAACUGUCAACGAAGAUAUUUGUAGCUUAAAAAUACAAAUUUGUUAGGAAACAGAAUCAUGUGAAGAAGUGAAACUUUACCAUGUACAGCUAGUUGAAACCAAAGACUGUUAACAGUCAUUACGAAGCUGCAAAGAUGAAGUGGUUGAUACUUAUUGUCACAACAUGGAAUUUUCUCCCAGAUUUUAUGUAUUCCUUUGAUGUCAAUCCGCAAACAGAAGCUUACAUUCCUGAUUACAAUCAUUAUCAUAAUCUUACAGCCAUUACUUCAAAUAUAGCAGACAUUGUGGCUAAAAAUCCUAGUUUUAUGAGAAUCGACUGGUCUUAUAAAUCGAAAGAGAACAGACCUCAAAUUUUAUUACAUAUCACAAACUUUACCGGCAGUGUUUCCCACUCUGCACAUACUCUACAAGAAGCCGUCCCUAAAAUACGUGUUUUAUUAUCAUAUGGUGAACAUGCCAGGGAGUUUAUUCCUGUUGAAUCAUUAUUCUAUUUAUUACAAAACUUAACAAGUGGUUUAGGAGCACCUCAUGACAGUCCUGAAGAAAUCUUUACACGGACCAUCUUGUCCAAGUUCAAUUUGUAUAUUAUUGUCAUGGCCAAUCCAGAUGGUCGCAAAAUAGUAGAAAAAACAAAAAAUUAUUGUUGGCGUGGGACAAGUUCUGGUGUGGAUUUAAAUCGAAAUUUUGACUGGGAGUUUGGAAAUGCAGGAAGUUCUGAUAAUCCUAAAGAUGAAGAGUAUAGAGGAAAACAUGUGUUUUCAGAAAUUGAAAGUAAAGUUUACACAGAAUUAACUGGUCAGCAAUCUUUCGAUGCUUUUAUAUCUUUUCAUUCUGGAAUUAGACAAAUUUAUCUGCCAUAUGCUGAUACUAAGUCUAAGUUAACAGUACGAGAGCCACCACAUUUAAAAACAAUGACAACUCUAGCAGAGCAUCUAUCAGUAGCUACUAAAUAUAGAUAUAGUUAUGGUAAAGCAUAUGAUCUAGGUUUCUAUACUGCUGAUGGUACAAUAUUUGAUUAUAUAGCUGGUAAAAAACAGGUACCUAUAUCAAUGGCAAUAGAACUAUGGGGUAAAUCUAAUCAUAAAGGGUUAAGUUGUUUUGACCAGUUUAAUCCAAAAAGUAGGCAUUUAAAGCAAGAAGUAGCUGAUAUUCAUCCAUUAUAUGUUUCUUUAUUCUUUUUCCUCAUUAAAUGGAAACAAGAACAGUUUAUAACAUUAACAGAUAGCAUGAAAGAUGUUCCCUCCAUGACUUUCGGUUAUAUUUUACUAAUUAUUGUGAUAUUCUUAACUUUCUUUGUCGCUUUACAAAGAAAAUGGUGCCCGUGUACAAAACUGUUUCCAAGGAGACGUGUUAUCAGUUUAAAAUCACUGAGUUCAACUAUUACAGUUUGGGGAUUUAAAAGUUCAUCUGCUUGAUAGUUUGUAUCCUUUGUAUAUUUAUUUAUUUAGGACCAUUAAAAAUGUUGUUAAAAAUAGACCAUAUGCUAUGACCAAUAGACUCUUCCAAAACAUUAUUUAUAAAGUACUUAGUGUUAUUUCCAAAAAGGAGCUUCUUAUUGUUUACCAUUUUAAAAUGUUUGUUGCACUUUGAUUUCAAUAGCAUAGAAUCAGAAAAAAUGCUUUUCUCACACCUAAUCCUCAAAAUAUGAAAUCAUAAAACGUCCUUUUGGUGAUAUUUAUCAGAGGCUGGAUGUGGAUGUCAUCUCACCUUUAAAACAUUUUACAAUGCAGCUGUACUGACUACUGAACUUAUGUCUUUCACUUUAUAACAUAUGGCAUAUGUAUAUAUGUAAUAUGCUUUGUGAAAGCAGGUGGAGAGAAUUCACCAUUGUCAUAAGAUCUUGUUCUAGAAUAUUACACAUAACUGUUUACUUCUCUGUAAAAGAUGUGUUGUUCUCACAAAUUUUCUUCUGUAAAACCUGAUAAUUUGAUUCAUUUUAUUUCUUAUUUAUAGUCGAAGAAAGCAGGGGAAUAUUAAAAUGGGUCUGUCCACCUGUCUGUCUGUUCGUCACACUUUUUGGGACACAGUAACUCUCCCUCUAAUUGAUCUGGAAUUUUCAAACUUGGUGCAGGUGUUUAUUAGGUGAAUACCUCGAUAAGCAAUUUGAUUGGUUGAUGCUUUGGGGCAUCAUCACUUUGGCUCUAAUUAAGUGAGCUUGAUGAAACUUGGAAUAUAGUUUCAUUCUUUUGAUACCUUGACUAAGUUCGAUAAUGACCAUUUUCUUCUCAGGGUAAGCAGAGCAUUAAGCAUUGGAGCUUUAUAGCUUUGAAUCUAAUUCAUACAUUGACUAAGUUCGAUGGUAAGCAUUUUCUGCUUAGAUUAAACAUGCAUUAUGCAAGAGCAAAAUCUGCUUAUUACAAGUCUUUCUUUAGGCCUGAAAUGUUAUCUAAAUUAUCAAUUAGACAUUAAUUAAGUUAUCCAGACCAUAAUAAACUCUCGAUGUCAAGGCUAUCCUUCGAUGUUGGCUGGAUUAGGUUCCUAUAUGCCGCUAACGGCCAUUGAUAAUUAAAUUAAAAAAAGUGGAUAAUCGAGACUAUGCUGUUUAUAUUAAUGAUUUUAGUAAUGAUGACCGAGACUAUGCAAAAAUUUCACCCGCUUCUUUCUCGGCUCAUAGUGGAUCAAUUUGACUGAAAUUUUCAGCAAAUUACCUUUACACUAUCUAGUUUUUAACUACUAUAGCGAGAACUGCCAUCUCUUUAUCUUAUCUCCCAUAAUGUAUCUUGAAGUAGAGAUUUCAAUCUGAUUGGUCGAGACUUUGGAACACAAUAAGUCUCCUAAUAGAGGUACGACACUCAAACUUAUUGUAGGUGUUUAUUAGGUAAAUGCCUUGACAUUGUUCGAUCAAGCACAUUUUCCACUAUGGCUGAGCAGAGAUAAGCAAUUUGAUGGGUUGAGACUUUGGAACACGAUUACCUUGGUUCUAAUUGGAUGAGAGUGAUAAACUCUCAUUAUAUCAAUACCUUGACUAAGUUCGAUGAUGAGAAUUUUCCGCUUAUGCUAAGUAGCGAUAAGCAAUUUGAUUGGUCAAGACUUUAAACGUGUGAGUUCACUGAUUAACAUUUUUCGCUAAAGCUAAGCAAAGCUAAGCAAUUUCAUUGAUCAGUGCUUUGUCACAGAUAAUUUGAUUCUAACUGUUGGAGAGUGAUGAAACUUAGUGUAUCAUUUCACAACCGGGUACUGAGUACUAUCAUGCUUAGACUAAGUAUAGAUAAUCAGUUUGAUUGCUCGAUACUUUUCAAAAAGAUAAAUGUGCAAUUAAUAUGUGUCAUCUACUUAUUUUUAGAUUGCAGUGGGGGACAUCAGCUUCACUGUUGGCUUGUUUUAUAUUUAAAGCAGCAACAUGCCUAGAAUACAAAAAUAUGUACUAUUUUACUAUUAUUAUGAAUGUAAUUGCCUGCAUGUACUUCUGGUUAUAGAAACAAUGUAUAAAAAAGGAAUCAUCAUGCUAAUAUUAAAAUUUUAGCAAAAUAUGAUUUCAUUAAGUCAUGUUUCCCCCUUAAAUUUAGUCUUUAUUCAGCUUACUUAAAACAACAGCAGUCUUAUGCAUAGUUGAAAUGGAUUGUUAGCUUAAAGAUGCAUUAUGUAAGAUUUAGAUAAAGAGCCAAUCGUUCUUGCUAAAAUAUGUUAGAAAAAAGACAACUCAAAAUUAAUAUAUUGAAAAGUUCAUUCAAAUUAUUUUAUUCUGAGCAAAGUUAUCACUGAUUGAAAUUUUGACAAGAUGUGGCAUAGAUAGUUUAUUGUUGUAGUAACUUACUCUUUAAUGGAGACUCGGCCUCUCUUCUCCAGUUUUUAAUUAAAUCAUUAAAUGGCAAUCAUAUUUCAAUCCAUUUAAAUCUCUGCCCUUUUGAUGGUCUAGAGAGUUGAUUAUAGACUUGUCAUGUGAAUAAAUGUCUAAAAAAUAAUUUAUAUAACAUUUGAAGCCAAAAUAUAAACCAGCAAUAGGCAGAUUUAGCUCUUACAUAAUGCAUCAAGACAAUUAGAUUUCAAGGAAUAGCUGAUUUUAAUUUACACUUACAGUCGAUUUUAUUAUCUAGUUUAAAUUUUCACUCGGAGGCCAUAGCUGAUCUCUUUGAUUUGAUUAGAUCUGAUGUACUAAUUAUUUAAUGUGUGGGAAGGAAAUAUCUCUUUAAUUAAUAUUUUUUAUAUCUCAUUCUGUUUUCAUUGUUUAAUGCACAUAUUUCUGUAUACGCACAUUUAGUAAUGUGCAGAUUGUGAUUGAUCGACUCAGAUGAACCUACCAAUAUAAAACUUCUGAUACAGACAAAUCUGCAAAUUCUUAAAUAAGGCUUUGAUUAUCAAUGUAUUUAAUUGGCCAUUUUAUCAAGGUCUUAUUUAUAAAUUCGUAAACCUUAUAAAAUCUUUCAAAUUGAGGCAUUACAAUUAGGAGUCAAUUUUAUGAAAUUUAAAUCAAAAUUUUACAGUUACACCCAUUUCAUUUGUUAACAGCUAAAAUCUAUCUUAGGGUUCUGAAAUUUAAAAGUUUUUAAGGUUUUACUGUCGGUGAUGAGUUAACCAACAAAAUGUGAAAACCAGAAUAUUUCACAGCUGAAGUCAGUUAUAUAGGUACUAGUUUGGGGCUCUAAUCCAUUAAUAUUACACAUACCUUAAUGAAAAUAGCAAAGUUACAAUAAAAUAUUGCAUGCUGAUUUUGAUGGUGAUAUUGAGCAACUGCUGAUGAAUUGUUGUGUAAUUGAGUUUUUGCGCCAAUAGUAAGAUAUUCCUUUAAAUUUCAUGAGGCGACUCAUUGCAAAUGACUAUUUCCAUCGCAGUGUAAUGCAAUUGAUGUGGACGUAUAUUUAUUUGUGGACACUCUACAGGUCACAAUUUUUAUCCAAUUUUGAUCUACAUUUGCAUAUCAAACUUAGUGCUCUGCGUAAGAUGCUAUGUAGAAAGCGUGAAGGCCAACUGUGAUGCGGCAGAGCGCAAAUGUAAAAUGUAUUGAGGGAAAUGUCAAGAAACAGCAUUUGACACAUUGCGUUUGAUGUUUUACAUUUAACUUUGUCGUUAGACUUAGAGGUAUUUUGACUUUAUCAUUACCGGUAUUGGGACUUUGUACAUUGUACUUUUUACACAUAAUCAAUGCAAAAGACAGAUUAGCAGAGCAUUUAAUAGUGGCAGCGAUACCCUUCCAUUUUCACAAGGUACACCCAAGUCUACGAGAAACCAUCAAAAUGCCUUUUUUACCAAUUGUUUGGUGUUUGGCGUACCUUUUUUCAUAAAUUGACUGAUGUUUAAAAGACCUGACAAUCUCAAAAUUCGGGACUUUCAGCACAAUUUGAAAGCUCUAAAUGUGAGUCUUUGAGCAAAGGCUGAGUCGGGACUCCAACCAUGAAAUGUUUUUCAAAAAAGAAAAUCCCCAGCAACAGACUUCACAACACUGUGUAGAUGGUUUUUAAAAAUUAUAUUCUUAGUCCAGUACAUGUUUCGGGCUAAUAGCCAUUCAUCAGCCAGAGUUGAAAAUGUUUUUCAAGGUGUUUUAAUAUUCUUGAUCACUUUGAGGAGGGUUUUGAGGUCUCCUACUUAACCCAUCUGCAUUAUUGUGAUCGAGUCCACGACGAUACUUUAAAUUGAAGUCGUACACAGAUAAAGUGGCAAGUCACCUGUAACCAGUAGCGUCCAGUUUGGCUGUUGAUAACAUGAAGGCUACGGGAUUAUUAUCGGUUACGACAGUGAACUUUACACGAAACAAACUUGUCCGUCACCAUCCAUUUUAAGGCAAGAAAUUCUUUCUUGUAGGCUGGGUAGUUGAGUUCACUGUUGGAGUCUAACCAGAUUCUGUUUUAACAUGAUAAGGUUUAUAUCAGGACCUUUAUUUGACAGAGUUUCCACUCAGUCCUUAGUAGAAACUCUGUUUAGUUUAACGAUAGACCAUUUAGUUUUUUUAAUACUAAAUCAGGAUUUGCAGAUUCUUUGCAUUUGUACCGAAAAUGUCUGUUUUGUCCUCAGUUGUGACAAAAUUUCAAUUUUUGGCGAGGUUUAAAGACAGCUUGGCGGCUUCUUGACUUCUCAGGAUUAGACUGUGUAGGACUGAACUGGGUUUUUGAUAUUCUGUCUAUCUGUCGCUGCAUGAUUUUUAACACACACCUUAUAUCAUCAUUGUUGGGGGGGGGGGGUGUGGAUGGCUGAAUGUUUAGUACGUGCGCGCUGUAUCAUAAAGCCUGUCAUUGAGUCAACUGGCGUGGUUUCGAAUCCCCGGUUGUACGUGACAAGGAGUAGGGUUGCCUGUCCAACCUCGUGGGUGUUUUCUCCGGGUCCUCCGGUUUCCUCCCACUGCUAAAAUCAACCAUAUGUUAGUCCCGAAAUGACCUAGUUUGUGUCGAGUGGACGUUAAACCCCAUUUCUCUCUCUAUCUAUCAUCGUUAUUGCUGGGAUGAAUUUGAGAUUUGAACGCAGCCAUAAUACCUGGCCAUUCUCGUUCUGCAACACUUGUAUUGGCACCGAGUACCUGCUCCGCCUGUCGGACCUCCUUUAUUAGUGAGUGAACCUCUGUGGCAUUCCCCGAAGAAUACUUGAUAUGCAACAUCUGCUUAAGAGUAUCACUGUUGCAUGUUUGCUUAAAAUGAUUAACUAUAGUCUCUUUAAUCAAAUCAGCUGGUAUGCCAUCUAGCCGUUUUAAUUUGCAUAAAUGCUUCCCAAAAAACGAUAUCAUAGCCACUUGUUUUCAAUAUUUACAUUUUUUUCGUUCGUUAACGUUAGUCAUCAGAAUGACCCUUUUACCUAAAAUGUCAUCUAUGAUUAGAUUGGAAACGCUUUAAGGAUCAACAGCUUGAUUAGGAAUUCUUCCUGAUAGAAGCCAACCUACUUUACUACCAAGAGCAACUGGGCCUGUAUCACCUCUUCUUAUUUCACCUGUAACUAUCUCCCAAUAGAAAUCAGAUCCAAUCAGGAUGUCAAUGCUUCCAACAAUGUUAUCAGAGUGGUAAUCAGCUAAAUCUAAGCCAAAGAGAUGCGGACAACUAUCAAUGUUCAAACGAGAUUCAAGCGGUGAGCAUAUACU